AUGAAGAGCCUCAAAACACCCGUCCUCCUCUCAGCCUUAUUGGCCCUAGCGCCUGGCGCCUUGUCUCAAUGCUUUCCCGAUACGUUAACCUACUCCUCGACCCAAUCACUGACGAGUACGGUCCAAUUCACGUCCUGUGAAGGAGCAGCAGACGGCCCCCGGGUCUUCCCUAUCGAUCUUACCUCGUAUGAUUGGUGGUACUUUGAUACUGUGUCCGACGAUGGAACACAGGCCCUCACAAUCAUAUUCUUUACGUCUUCCUUCCUCGGAUUUCCAAACACGCCCGCUCUCGAAGACAUUCUGAAUGUGGCGAUUGCGGCAACCUUUCCAAACGGCACACAAGUGAGCUCGACAGCUCUAGCAACUUCAGUGACUGUCAACACUGUCGGAAACGGAGCUUCGGGCAACUGGACUGGGAGUGGGUGCAGCUUUACAGGUACACCUGAUCUGAGCCAGUACGCAAUCACGAUCGAUAACGCGACACUGGGCAUUUCUGGAACGGUCGAUUUUAUCUCUCGCGGUCCUGGACACUACCCAUGUAGCCCUCUCGUUGCUGGUGCGAACGAGCAGAUCAUGCCUCAUGUUGGCUGGGCAAACGUCCUCCCCGCGGCGGAUGCCUCCGUCCAUAUGAACUUUGGAGGUACACCCAUGGUCUUCCAAGGCAAUGGGUAUCACGAUAAGAAUUGGGGUGACAUCCCCUUCACUAGUGCCGUCAACAGCUGGUACUGGGGCCACGGCGCCUUCGGGGAAUAUCACAUGGUUUGGUACGACGCACUCGAUACCACCGGUAGCGAAACCGUCAGCGGGUACGUCUUGAAAGACGGCAAGGUCGUCGGCUCGACCUGCGCGCUCGGGACGGCUGGUCUCCAGGUCCGCCCCGUAGGGACCCCGUAUCCGCCAACGAUCCUCACGCCGGACCCGAACCAGUUCACUAUCGUCAUGCAGCUCAAUAAUGGCGACAUCCUCAACGCCACUGUUACGGGGUACAACAAACAGGUCGACUCCUCAACCUACUCGCGCUGGUUCGGGGACAUUUCAGCAACCAUCAACGGGGUCGAAUCGUGCGGUUCGGGUUCCGCCUUGUGGGAGCAGUUCAAACUCGUUUUAUAA